AUGAACGCCAUUUUCAUCUUCAAUUCUAAGGGCGACACUCUAAUGUCCAAAUUCUUCCGUGAGGGAGUCAAGCGGAACGUUUCGGACGUAUUCCGCAUCCAAGUGAUCAACUCGGCUGCCCGAGCUCCAAGUGGGUCGGCACCUGCUGCUAGAGAGAUCCGACUGCCUGUUCUUACUUUGGGAUCCACGUCAUUUUUGUACAUUCGAAGUGGCUACUUGUGGAUAGUUGUGGUCACGCGCUCCAAUCAGGAUGCCCUGGUGAUCUUUGAGUUUCUCUAUAAUUUCGUUGAGUUGUUGAAACUGGCAUUUGCUGGCCCACAGGCCCUGAUACUUACUGAAGAGAACAUAACCAACAAUUUCACGGCAAUCUUCGAUAUUCUCGACGAACUGGUGGAGUUUGGCUUCCCCACGAACUUGGAGCCUUCCUACUUAUCAUCGGUAGUUCCCAACUUGGCCGGGUUGAAAAUCAAAGACGAGGGUGGCAAGAGAUCAAUCAGCGAUAAGAAAAUGAAGUCCAAUUUGGAGAGCGUGUAUGACCCCAACAGCAUCUCAUGGCGUGAGCCAGGCAUAAAAUAUAGAAAGAAUGAAAUCUACUUGAACGUGGAUGAAAAAGUGCAUGUGCUCCUUAACACUCGAGGCGAAACUGUACGUUCAAACAUCGACGGAACUAUUGUCAUGAAGGCACAUUUGUCUGGAAUGCCAAUUUGCCGUUUUGGUUUUUCUAAUGAAAGCAUCCUGGACAAUCUUCUCGAGACAAUAACCUUGGACGAUUUCAAGUUUCAUAAGUGCGUGGAAUUGGACAAAUACGACACCGAACAAGUGAUCCGGUUUGUUCCUCCGGAUGGUACCUUCCAGCUCAUGACUUACCAUAUUGCCAAUACUGCCACUCUCCCCUUUCGCAUCAAUUCUUGGGUCAAGAGGGACGGCGAUAAGAUCAGCUUGAAAAUCAGACUACGCUCAACAUUUUCGUCCAAAUUGUCCGCUACUAAUGUGAUUCUUAAGGUUCCAACGCCCAUCGGAGUCACCCGAAACUCCGUUACAUGUUCUAAUGGUAAAGCCAAGUACAUCCCUGAAGACAAUGCGAUUCAUUGGAAGUUCAGUCGGUUCUACGGAGAAGCUGAGCAUAUGCUUAACAUCGAUUUGGGAAUCGAUCACCCGGAUCUGAACUGGUCGAAACCAUCCAUUACUUUGGACUUUACCUUGGAGAUGUACAGUGCAUCUGGGCUCGCAGUGAACUUUCUUAAGGUCACGGAGAAGUCCAACUAUAGAACGGUGAAAUGGGUGAAAUAUACUACCCAAGCUGGAUCUUAUGAGAUAAGACUCUAA